UCGAGGGUCCGAAUGACCGGAUCCGAAAAGAGGUUCCGUUAGAAGCAACAUAAAACAAAGCGAGUCAAAUGACACCUGCUUCUUGAUCCGCUACUUUAUAGUCUACUACACACACUCAAACAUAUAUUUACGAUUUACCCACAUGCUCCCCAGUCCAUUUCUCUUUAUAUACACUCCCCAGGCCACAAACUUCAGAUAUACCAUCACUACAUUACAAAAUACCCAUUUCAUAUAAUCCUCCUCUGCUCACUCUCUUCUCUGUUCUUAUUCACACUCUCCCUGUGUGUUCAGUGUGUGAAAUUUUUUGAGAAAAUACAAGUAAAAAAAGAUGGAAGCUUUGAGGGGCUCAGCUUCUUUAUCACCAUCACUCAAGUUGUUUUCAGAAAAGUUUUGUGCAGAUGAAGGGCUUUUCAACAAAAGAAAAGAACCACUUCCCUUGAGGCCAUCCUCUUUUCUUCCUAAAUAUGUUGGUAGUCUUAGUUUCUCAGUAUCUAAGCCUCUCUACCAGAGAAGACCUAUCUCUAUGUCAUCCUCAGACACACAGAUGAAGUUAGACCUCCAGGAUGAAGAAGAAACAAAGGCUUCUGAUAUGACAAAUCAGUCGAAAACUGUUCGUGUCAGAUUCCAGCUGCAAAGAGAAUGUGCAUUUGGCCAGCAGUUCCACAUUGUCGGAGACGAUCCGGUCCUCGGACAAUGGGAUCCGUCAGGCGCCGUACCAUUCAACUGGUCAGAUGGACACGUGUGGACAACGACAGAGCUGGAUGUUCCCAUAGAAAAAUGUAUCAGGUUCAAGAUCAUACUGAAAGAAGGCCCUGAAAAUAUCAUAUGGCAACCUGGACCAGACCGAAUUCUUCAGACAUGGGAGACAGAGAAAACGCUUACUAUUUGUGAAGAUUGGGAUAGUGCUGAUUGUCAGAAGAUCUCAGACGAGGAAUCGACCUUUAAACAAAUUGAAGAGUCUAUCAUUAAUGCAGAAGAAAUUACUGAGCCAAACAAAGAAGUUCACAUUGAUGAAAGUAACACAAUACCUGGUAGAGGACUGGUUACCGAUGUAAAGGAAAGUCCUGUUGCUCUUUCAGACGAAGAUAUAAGUAGGCUUAUGCUCGGACCUAAUGGCGGCAAGAUGAAUGUUGAAGAUUCAAAACUCACUACAGAUGAGUCGUUAUCAGCGAAAGGACUGCCUCUUCUGGUACCAGGCCUGGAACCACUGCCGACAACUCUACCUGAAGAGAAACUCAUGAAUGAAGUUGAUAACAAAAUCUUUGCUGAUGCAACAAUGGAAGCUGAAAAUAUUAAGGAGCUUAAUAUACCAGAGUUAAAAUCCGAGCAAGUUAUAGAUAUUGACUACCAAGAGCAGCACCAACAUGUUGAGGUUGAAAAUCCGCGAUUUGCUGAAGAUGAAGGUGAGCGGAAUUCCAAGUCAUAUGAUCUCGUCUUGGAAAACAAUGAUCGAUGGGGUCUAAGCAGUCUGCAAAAACUCUUUGCUAACUUCCUCUUUGAGUAAGAUCGACAGAUAAUAACAACCGGGGAAAUCCAUGUGCCAUAAACAGAGAACAGCUGGUGUUCUGGGACA